UUGAAUCCGAAAAACUACUUUGGUGAUCGCUGGAACGUGUUCGACUUCUUGAUCGUUGUCGGCUCAUUCAUCGACAUUAUCUACGGCAAACUCAGUCCCGGUGGCUCAAAUUUGAUUUCGAUCAACUUCUUUCGUCUGUUUCGUGUGAUGCGGCUUGUCAAGUUGUUAUCCAGAGGAGAAGGCAUUCGAACGCUGCUGUGGACAUUUAUGAAAUCGUUCCAAGUAAGCCUUUUCCCAGAUUUGUUGACCAUAAUAAAAAAUUAG